CUUCCGCCUCCGGUGCCGCCAUUUCGCCGUGAGACAGCAGCGAUCGGCGGCCGCGAUGCUGUCCACCGCGGGAUGCGGGCCCUCCCGGCCCGAGGCGGGCUACGGGCUGGAGGCGCCCGUGCAGCACUACCGCUUCUCGCCGUACACCUUCAACGGAGGGACUGUGCUGGCGAUUGCUGGAGAAGACUUCUGUAUCGUUGCCUCUGACACACGUCUGAGUGAAGGCUACUCCAUUCACUCCCGGGACAGCCCCAAAUGCUACAAGCUAACAGAACAAACUGUCAUUGGAUGCACUGGUUUCCAUGGAGACUGCCUUACCCUUACUAAAAUUAUUGAAGCCAGAUUAAAGAUGUACAAGCAUUCCAACAACAAGACCAUGACUACAGGGGCUAUUGCAGCAAUGCUGUCUACAAUCCUGUACUCUCGACGUUUCUUUCCCUACUAUGUUUACAAUAUAAUUGGUGGACUUGAUGAAGAAGGGAAGGGAGCAGUUUAUAGCUUUGAUCCAGUGGGCUCCUAUGAGAGAGAUACUUUCAAAGCAGGUGGAUCAGCAAGUGCAAUGUUGCAGCCUUUGCUGGAUAACCAGAUUGGCUUCAAGAACAUGCAGAAUGUGGAGCAUGUACCUCUGACCCUGGAAAAGGCUUUGCAGCUGGUUAAGGAUGUCUUCAUUUCUGCUGCUGAGAGAGAUGUGUACACUGGGGAUGCACUAAAGAUUUGCAUUGUCACAAAAGAUGGAAUUAAAGAGCAAACUGUCCAGUUACGAAAAGACUAAUUCAGUUCAUGUAUUUCCCUGCAGAGUACAUCUAGCUGAAGAACCAGCAGGAAAGGAAGCUUUUUCAUAGGACCAUUGGACUGAAAAUACCAAGUUUCUUUCACCAAGGAAUGUAGCACUGUGUCCACUCCCUUUGUGGAUGGGUUUGGAACCAGUGAGAUGGGGAGGCUUGUUUCCCACAUUUUUGACUUUCCAGUUAUGCCCUGCCCUGAUGCCAUCACUGCUUGUGCUCUGAGUGAGGAGUUGCAGGAGUGACAGGAGAUGUGUGAGUACAAAAGUAUUCACAGGCUGCUCAGCUAGAAGUUACUUGCUUUAUUAGUAUUAAAACACCCCAAAUAUCAGAUGUA